AUGUUUACUUCUCGCCUUCUGAGGAAACGUUGGGUUUUAGCCGUAAUAUUCGUCUGUUCACUUGUUUAUUUUUUGGUCAGCCUCUUCAAACCGGGAGAGAGUGGCCUGAUUUCUGAAGAAUAUGAAGUAAAGCACACAAUUCUUCGACAACCUUUCCAGUGGCAACCCAAUGCACCUGAAGUGGAAAAUGGGACCAAAAUAUACAAAUGCAGAAAUUCCAUUCAGGGUAUAAAACUCAUUGCAGAUGACAGAGGUUAUGUGUGUGAGCGCACAGUAGUUCUUCCUGGAGGAUGCUGUGACUCGAAUGCAGCUCAAACAGCACGUUACAGCUGUUAUUCUUGUCAGGAAAACCAUUGCUGUGAGAUAUACGAAUACUGUGUAUCUUGCUGUUUACAACCUGGGAAGCAGCCUGGUGACACCUACAGUAAACUCUUUUCUUCUUUACGGGACCAUUAUGAACUUUGCUUGGUUAAAUGUAGGACAUCAUCACAGAGUGUGCAACAUGAAAAUUCCUACCGGGAUCCUCAAGCAAAACACUGCUAUGGAGAAAACCCACCAGAUAUCCAACCAUUAAUUCCCUAA